AGAGGGAUAGAUGGUGAAAAAAUAAGCUCCUCAAUGUGUCUUUGUUUGGACUGGAACCCAUCAGCCACAUCAAUCUCAGUGGGGCUUUCUGAUAGUUCUGUAUCUAUAGUCUCCUUUUCAGAGUCCCAGUUAGAUGUAAUUCAAGAGUGGGAAGCACAUGAAUUUGAGCUAUGGGCUGCUUCAUUUGACAUUCACCAACCUCAGUUGGUAUACACUGGUUCGGAUGAUUGCAAAUUCAUUUGUUGGGAUUUAAGGGAUGAUGACCCUAAUAUCUUACUCACUCGUAGUUAUGACGAGUAUCUAAGGCUAUGGGAUGUAAGAUCAAUUUCAAAAACAGUUAAUGAAACAUUAUUUUGUUUAGGGAGCGGAGUUUGGAGAGUCAAGCACCACCCAUAUGUACCAGGCGUGGUCUUAGCAGCUUGCAUGCACAAUGGCUUUGCAGUUGUGAAGAUUGAUGAGGAGAAAGGUGAACUGAUGGAAAUCCAUGCCAAGAAUAGCACACUUGCCUACGGUGCAGAUUGGCAAGGGGGGGAAUUAUAUCAGAAGGUCAAACAAAACAGCACUGUAGUGGCUACUUGUUCCUUUUAUGAUCUGCUUCUUCAGAUAUGGAUACCAGAAAGCUGUAUUUUUAAGCGACCUUGAUGCAGUUUAAGUACUUCUCCUUACUAAAUUCUGAAUAAAUUCAUUGCUGCUGCUUCUGGGGAUGCUUUAUCAUAUUUUGUUACGCAUUUAUAUAUCAUUUAUGCCAUCAAACUGUUACUCCUGUGUAUUCUUAAUAGCUUCCAAUAAAAACUCAUAGGUCCAGGAUUUUUUCUUGUUUAUUCA